UUUUGCCGCCAAGGAAAAACAGAGGAAGCGAGAAGCGAUGCAGUGGGAGAACAACGACGGCGGCUACAUGGAAGGGGGCUACAUGGAGUCCCAAGCGGCGACGUCGUCGCAGAAGCAAGGCAACACGUCGCGCGACAACCAGUCGCUGACGCCCGUGACCGUGCGCCAGGUGCUUGCGGCGCUCCAGGCCGAGGGCGGCGACGACGCCGUGCACGUCGAUGGCAAGGAGCUCCACAACAUCCGCGUGGUGGGCAUCUUGACGGACAUGAGCCCCAACUCGACCAACAUCACGUUCACGCUCAACGACGGCACAGGCCUCCUCGCGUCGCGCCUUUUUCUGCAGGUCGACGACGAUCACUACCAGCAGCAGCUUGUCGAGUCGCUUCGCGAAGGUAUCUACAUCUCGGCCGUUGGCAAUUUGCGCACGUUCAGCGGAAAGACGACCAUGACAUGCUACACGGCGACGCCGGUCGAGGACUUCAACGAGCUCACGCACCACUUUCUCGACUGCAUUUACAGCCACUUGCGUAACCUCCACGGUGUCAUUGGCGGCGCGCCGCCUGUCGCCAAGCAAGACCCGGGGUUUGGCAGCCCGACCGCCGGCUACAAUUCGUUUGGCGCCAGCUCCACGGGUGGCUACGGGCAGCAGAGCACGUACCAGAACUUUGCGGCCACCGACUCGGGCUUCUCGGACCCGGGUCAGCAAGCGAUCCUCGACAUCUUGGGCGCGACCGCGCUCGAGAUGGGUCUCUCGGUCGACCAAAUCAAGCAGCAGCUCAACGGCCGUCUCAGCGAGGCGCAACUGAGAGAGGCGCUCGGGUACCUGACGAACGAGGGUCAUAUUUACUCGACGAUCGACGAAAACCACUUCAAGCGGACGGCCUAGGCGAUGCACGCGCUCUGUAUGUCUCUGCAUAAUGCUGCUACAAGCUUCUGUAUACCGUG